UUCGACCGCCUGAAGCUGUUCUGGAUGCCGGCCAAGCACCAGCCGGAUUUCAUCUACCUGCGCCACGUGCCCCUGCGCAAGGUGCACCUCUUCACCCUCAUCCAGCUGCUCUGCCUCGUGCUGCUCUGGGCCAUCAAGGCCUCCCGCGCUGCCAUCAUCUUCCCCAUGAUGGUUUUGGCUCUCGUUUUCGUCCGGAAGGUGAUGGAUUUCUGCUUCUCCAAGCGGGAGCUCAGCUUCCUGGAUGACCUCAUGCCAGAAAGCAAGAAGAAGAAGUUGGACGAUGCCAAAAAUGAAGCCAAAGAAGAGGAGGAGUCCCAGAAAAUGAUGGAAGCAGCUGCUGCGAAUUCUGUUCAGCUGAAGCUGGGCAAGACCAGCAGGGUGGACACCCCAAAGCCCAGCAGUGACAGGGCUGAUCCUUCCGAGAUCAACAUUUCGGACGAGAUGUCCAAGACCACGGUGUGGAAGGCUCUGACCAUGAACACAGAAACGCUCUGAAUCUGGGAGGAGAGAGGCGCCUCGACGCCGCUGUCGAGGAGCAGGAGCGUGACUCAGGGAUGUGCCAAGGCAGACACGGAGGAGCGGCUCGUUUCCCACCCGAGGGGUCCCAUAAAGCCAUGCAGAGUUUCCCGUUCCCCGGGGGUGCUGCCCCCCGGGGGAUCCGUGUUGUCCAGCCUCGUGUGUCCGUGUGUGUGUGUGUGUCGUGCAGUGGUGGAGGCUCCGCUACCGCUUCCCAUCAGUUCUAUUUUUUUAAUCUCGAAUUCCUCCUCUCCUUCCUCCUUUUUCUUUUUUCCUUUUUUUUUCUUUUUUCUUUUUUUUUCAAAUAUAAACUCUGAAUGUACAAAACCAUUCCCUGCUCUAUCUGGCGCCUUCUCCUUCCUCGCAGUCGGGGUUUUGGUCUGGUUUGGGAUCCUCCUCUGAGUAACUUCUGUCUCUUACUGGUACAAGGGGGAUGCUCUCCAUGGUGGGACAGCGUUGGGAGCAUCUCGUAAAUUGGGAUGAAGCACCCCGGAGCACUCGGGAUGAGACAGAGGAGAAGCAUUUGCUCCCCAUGCUCCCUUUCCCCAUCUUUUCUGAGGGUUCUUUCUGGCCUGAACGUGGCAAAAUCCAGAAAUGUCCCUCUUCAGUCAGCUCUAAAAUGACCACAAGGGAAGCUUAAAAAUAAAAUCCCUGGAUUUUGGCAGCGUGAGCAGCCAGGUGAGAGGUGGAGCUCUGCACCCUGCCCUUGUUCCUCCCCUUCCUGUCACCUCCAUGGACUCUGGUUUCUCUUUCACCCCUGUAAAGCUUCUUCUGAGGGAAUUGGGAAUUGGGAAGUGCCUUUUCCUGCUCCUUUUCCCUGCUGCUUUGCAGGGAGAGGCUGGGAAGCGGCGAAGGCCCUGGAGCUCUCCCCGCAUUUUGGGGGCUCGGGGGGCUCCAGCGUCCCCCUGGAACGUGUGGCUGAGUCUGGGAGUGCUGGAGCUGGGAAGGGAGGGCAUUCCUGAGGGAAAGGCGCUCCCACAGCCCUCGGGAGGUUUGGGACUCGCUCCAGCCUCUGGGAAUCUGUGGCUGGGACAGGGGCAUGACCUGGCACUGCUGCCAUCAGCUCAUCCCACCCAUCCAGGAGCCUUCUCCUGAUCCAGGAGCCUUCUCCUGAUCCAGGAGCCUUUUCCUGCCUGGAACCUCCUCAAAAGGACAAUGACUGAGGAGAAGAAGAUUCGGAAUUGCUCUGUAAGGGUGGAAGUGGCACCUCCCCAGGCAGGGCAAAGCUCCAUCGGGUUUGAGGGAUGGGGAUUUGCAAAGUGGAGUUUGGCAGGUGCCAGGCUGGGAUGGGCAGAGGCAGAGCAGGGAAAGCUGCCCUGGGCCUUCGGGAAGGAGAGGAGGCUGAAAAACCAGAGCAAGUUCUGGAGAAAGGGAACGUUGGGAUCAGUGGGAUCCUACGCUUGGACAAAUUUGGUUUUCCUGUUUUCUUUUCCUCUCUGGAAGCAGAGAGACAGGGCUGGACUCA